GUCGACAAGAUGCCGUCGCGUCUGCUCCCACGUCGCGACGAGCCCAACGCUGCACACCAAACCCUUCCUUUCACCAACGAUACCAUUACCGAUGACGAAUUGGCUCAUGACCAGCACCACAACGACUAUGGCGCAAGCUCAGUGCCCCGCUCACGCCCAAUCAGGGCUUCACCCAGCGCAGCCGGCAUUCUAUCCUCGUCCUUCACCCAACGCAACCCUAUACGUUCCUUUGCCCACCAGGCAUCUUCGUCGACUGCCGAAGCCCCCCAGUACUCGUCGCACGGUGUGAGAGAACGGACACAGGAACUCGCUGCAUAUGCCCUGGAUUCCGAGGCCUAUCAAGGUCCCAGGAGGCGAACGAGUGUGUUGGAUCCAGACUUCGCCUCCGCUCGGCGGGCAACACUCACAGACAACGAAGGGCGAUCUUCGCUGGAUUCAUACGACGAGGAUUCUCUCGCAGUAGAUGACGAGCCUGAGACCCCCGAAACCGUCAUUGGACCCGAGAGGCAGUGGGACCGCCCUGGUUCUGGCACGUUUUCACAACUGCCUUCUUCGGCUCUCCCCGCAAUUCAUGCCGAUGAUGAUGAGCACACUCCACUUCUACCCAAAACUCGGCUCAGCCGCGGUCACUCUCUACCCAAACAUAAUGGCUCGGCUGGUUACGCGAGCAUUCCAGCAAACUUGCGGGGUUUGGGGGACAGGAUUGGACAAGCAAUCGCCGUUGGCCAAGGGCAUCUGGUACAACUACGACGGUCAGCGACGAACCCAAAUAACUACACAAAAGACGCGGUAAUGAAAGGUCUCUUGGAAAGCUUACAGCUAUCCUCAGCUGUCUUUCUGGGCUUGUUGUUAAACAUUCUCGAUGCUCUCUCCUACGGCUACAUUUUGUUUCCCCUCGGAAGCCCCAUUUUCAGCCAAACCGGCCCGGACGGCAUCUCAAUCUUCUUCGUCAGCUGCAUCGUCGCUCAGCUGUGCUACUCGCUAGGUUUAUCGGUUUUUCGGGGAGGUGUCGGAUCCGAAAUGAUUGAAGUUGUGCCCUUCUUCCACAAGAUGGCGUACUCCAUUAUGGCGAAAAUGGAGGGUCAGAGUCCUGAAGCCAUCAUAGCCACUACAAUAACGUCAUAUUGUCUAAGUUCCAUCGUGACUGGUCUCAUUUUCCUUACGCUUGGUGGCUUCAAACUAGGCAACCUAGUGAGCUUCUUCCCUCGACACAUCUUGAUCGGCUGCAUUGGAGGUGUUGGGUUUUUCUUGUUCGUGACCGGCAUCGAAGUUUCAGCGCGCCUAGAAGGCAAUCUCAAUUACGAUAUGGCCACGCUACAUAAACUAUUCACCAAAGAUACUGUGGCGUUGUGGAUGCUGCCGUUGGUCUUGGCCAUCGUAAUUUUAGUUUUGCGACGAUACAUCAAAAGCCCAGUCGUCCUUCCCGCUUUCUUUAUCGGCGUCUUUGCCGUCUUCUACAUCAUUGUUAAGGGCAUUCUGCGCUUAGAUCUUGAGCAUGUCCGCAAUGCGGGAUGGAUCUUCGAACAGCCAGAGGCUGGAGUGCCUUUCUACAGAUUUUACUCUUAUUUCAAAUUUGGGCAGAUCGAUGGGAGGGCUCUAGUGAGCACCAUCCCAACCAUGUUCGCCCUCUCCUUUUUCGGCAUCAUUCAUGUGCCAAUUAAUGUGCCCGCGCUCGGGGCCGCAGUCAAAGAGGAUAAUGUUAAUGUUAAUCGUGAGCUGAUUGCUCAUGGAAUUUCGAACACCAUCUCAGGAUGCGUUGGCAGCAUUCAGAACUACCUGGUAUAUGCCAACAGUAUCAUGUUCAUAGAUAACGGAGGUAAUAGCCGGCUCGCUGGCGGGUUUCUUGCCGCUGCAACUACUGGCGUCUGGAUAGCCGGACCAGCUAUGAUUGGAUACAUUCCCAUCUGUCUUGUUGGCGCCUUGAUAUUCCUGCUAGGCAUUGAACUCAUGGAGGAGGCGCUAGUUGACACAUUCGGGAAAUGUCACAGGCUGGAGUAUCUAACCAUUCUCGCCAUUGUUCUCGUCAUGGGUGUUUAUGAUUUCGUUGUUGGCAUCUUCGUGGGCAUUGUGCUUGCCUGUGUCAGCUACGUGGUUCAAUCCUCCCGUGUUCCAGCUGUGAGAGCAACUUAUAGCGGAGAAGUUGCAGAAUCAACCGUCCGCCGCCCUCGAGCAGAUCGCCGUUAUCUAAACAAGGUUCGAGGACAGAUACGGCUGAUCAAAUUGAGCGGGUUCUUGUUUUUCGGCACCAUCGUAUCCGUGGAGGAGUACAUGAGGUCUUUGAUAGACGAAGACACCUUUGAGAAGCAGCCCAUAAGCUUCAUCAUUGUCGAUUUUUCCCAUGUUGACGAUGUGGACUUCUCCAGUUCCGAAGGAUUCCAACGUAUCAACCGGAUUCUCAACCGCAGAGACGUCAAGAUGAUAAUCUCAGGCAUCUCAUUCACAAACAAGGUCGGUCAAGCCCUUCAGAACGUUGGAUUACUUGAUGAAGAGCGCGGAGACGAUGCCUGCCCCCCACCUCAAGUCUUUGAAGACAUGAACACUGCUUUGGAAGGAUGUGAAAAUGAGUUGUUGGAAAUAUUCUAUCAACAUUGCAGUUCACUCCCACAUCAACGACAGGCUACGCCGCCCAAAUCCAUCAAUGCCACCUCCUCUGCUCUCGGUAAUGAUAGAAUCUCAGAUCCACCACCAUCAUCGCUGGGCGUUGGAGCGUUGGAUCCCGGGUUUGCUUCGCCGCGACGAGGUGCGCGCUACUUGGCUGCUGCCUCAACAUUCCGCGAACAGGGUAGUCACUCUGAAUCAUUUGGAGAAGCCGAUCAGGACAAGUCCCCAUUUCUUCCUUCAAAGUGGAAGAACUUUUCUCAACCGAUCAAAAUCAUGCUUCAAACUUUUGAAGAUGUGUCGACAAAAAACGAAGAUUUCUGGCACGUGGCAGCGUCAUAUUUUGAGCGGAAAGAGUACAAUGCGGGGACUGUGCUGUACUCGCGUGGCGAUGAGCCUAAUGGAUUUUACAUUCUAGAGAGAGGGCGGUUCCGAGCAGAGUAUGAGCUUGAGCAAGGCAAUUUCUAUGAAGUUAUCCUACCGGGCACAACAUGCGGAGAGCUUCCCUUCUUCUCGGAGACUGACCGGACAGGGACUGUUGCAGUAGAAAACGACUCCGUUGCCUGGCUCCUGACACGUCAGAAAUACAAAGAGCUUGAACAACGACACGGCGAUGUUUCAGCCGAGCUCCUCAAAGUCGGGCUGAAGCUGACUAAAGAGCGCAUGGACGCCAUUACUUCGUACGUUUUCAGUGUAAUGUGA